UCUCCCGUGAACUGUCAAACGACGUGCGAAGAUGUUGAUCGUGUAAAAUUUGGUGAUAACAAGCAAUCAGAAAUGAUAAUCGUACUGUUCCACGCUCUCUAUUACUUCGGGAGAUAUGUUUAUCGGAAUUUUUAUGCUCGUUACGGCGAAACCGGAGAAAUCUCGGUCACAAAUCAACUAUUGAACGUGACUGAGGCGGAUUAUGAUUUCCCACCUGAAGAUGAACACGUUUUGGGAGAUUUUAAAGUGAAAUUCUUUCCUCCUGUAUACGUCCAGAGAUAUAACGCUGUACAUGAUGUUCUAGCCAGCGCGCAAUACCACAGGAAGAUACGAAAGGUGAUAGACUUUGGCUGUGCUGAGCUCACUUUUGCAAUACAUUUGAAAAAUACAGACGGUAUACAGGAAAUUAUUUGUGUAGACGUGGAUAGGCCAUUGCUGGAAAAAUUUCAGUCAAAGGUUGCACCUUUACAUUGUGAUUAUCUUGCUCCCAGAACUGAACCUCUUACAAUCCAUGUUUGCGAAGGUAGUGUCGCACACAACGAUAACAAAUUAGCAAACUCUGACGCUGUUAUUUGUAUCGAGCUAAUUGAACAUUUGCAUCCAGACGAAUUGGAAGCAUUUCCACACAAUGUCUUUGGAUUCAUCAAACCCCAAGUAGCUAUUGUAACAACGCCCAAUGCCGAUUUCAAUGUUCUAUUUAAGAAAAUGAAUGGCUUUCGACAUCCCGACCACAAGUUUGAAUGGACAAGAGCACAGUUUCAGGAUUGGGCUAACAACGUCAUCUUACUUUAUCCUGACUAUGAAGUAAGCUUUCACGGAAUUGGCGCUGGCCCUCCGGGUACUGAAAUGUUAGGAUCAUGUUCUCAGAUGGCAGUAUUUCACUGUCACACCAAAUUACCACAAAGUGAGGAACUCGAGGGAGUUGAUGGUUUAUUAAAGACAGUUGUAUUCCACGAAUAUCCGUACAGAACGGAUAAUCGUUCAGAUGAACAGAAAAUACUAGACGAUGCUGUUUACUAUAUACGUUUAUUAUCAUCACGUCAGGAAGAGCUGGCAGAGGAAAUCCCACUGGCGAAACUGAUGUUUUCGGUUGAAAAAUUUCACAUAUCAGUUGAUGUACUCAGAAGUAUACUGGAGGAGGCACAAUGGGCGAUUGUAGAUAGAGAAGAUGGACCUGUCGUUGUAUUGCCUCCGCAAUCUGGAUUCUCAAUAAACUCUGAUUUGGAUGUUGAUGAGUUUCUAGAUAACGACUAUCGACACCACGAUCAUGAAAAUGAUUGGGAUACUACGGAAGUAGGCACUCCCCCUGGUUAUUAUUUUGAUAGUUACAUGGAAACAAAUACAGAAAAUUAUACAGAAGAAGGUGAAAAUUGGGAUGAUGAAGUGCAUAGUGAUACUCGUGGCAGCAAUUAUAAUCUGAACAGCAACAAUCUGGAGCACUCUGAAAUGCACGAUACAGAAAAUCCUGGGGACAGUUUAGACAAUCAGCAGACUAUGGAAGAUUUGAAUGAUGAAGAUCUAUUAUUAAACCCAUCGCAAGACCAAUUGAACAUAACACCUGGUACAUUUAGUGCUGAAACAGAGCUGUCGAUUAAUUUUGUUCCGAUUGAAUCAGAUUCCACAAAUAUCGAUUACUCUAACGAUUCUGGUAACACGCUCAAUUCGGCGCAACAAAACUUGUCUGUACCACUUCUCGUGUCUACUUUAUCACAGACAUUACAGUGUCUAAACAAUGACGGUGAUCACUCCUUGACUGCAAAAAGGAACCAUCAUUUACCUCAAGAAGACUUAAAAAGCUCACAAAAUGAAGGAAGUUAUGUAGGAACAUGCAUGAAGGGUACUGAAAAUUGCAUAACAAAUGAAAAGGCUAACCUUUUUGUUCAUCCUGGUUUGAAUUCUUCCCAGCAUAUGGAGCAUGAAAGUAAAUGCAGUUCAGAAUUACAAACGUGCUCCUAUCUGGUCGAAAUGGAAAAUAAUAUUAAAAAUAUUGAUUUACAAGUUGACACGUGUCUGCCAUGUAAUCAGGUGAAAAGAAUACUGUCCACUAAUUCUCCAUCAAGAUACGAAGAAACUGAAGCAAAUACAGACACUGACUUUUAUUCAGGGGCGAACAAAACAUCUUCCAUUUCAACUGAAGAGGCAACAUUGUUGUUGUCAUGUGAGAAAAGUGUGCUGAUUGAUAAUGAACAUUUAUUAUUAAAUGAAAAGAGGUCUUUGGAAAAUGAACAGGCUUUCAAUAAUGACAGAGAACAUUCGAAAGUAAGCGUUGGUAGCACUGCAAAAAAUUGCAAUGAAUCUACAUCUUACAGUCACGAUAACCAUAAUCUACAAUGUUGCACAAGCAUCGAGUGUUUACACACCAAAAAUAAAGGCUCCUAUGUAAGCAUCUCUGAUUUCUCUCCAGCUACAAGUGAUAGUCGUAAACGUUUCUAUGCUUCAUAUGAUAAUGUAGAUUCUCAUUCUCAAAAGUUACAAACUGAUUUGCUUGACAAUGAAAUAGACAGAUUUGAAGGGAUGAAAAGCCAAGAUAGCAUGUCAUUCAAAAGUAUAAGUGACUGCAGUUUGGAUCUUCAACCGAAAUAUACAAGUACACCUCACAUAUUGGCAGAUUCCUAUCAAAUGCAGAUGACAGGCGAUAAUAAGGCACAAGAACUUUCAGAGCAGGCGAGUUUAGACGAGAACAAAUGUGUACUGUUGCUCCAAAGUGCUCCACAUAUUGUGCAACAAUUCCCUGUGGUUGAAGGUAAAGAUUCUGAAAGUCUAGGUCAUGAACCUAUGAUGGAGCAAAUACUAGAAAAGUCGGAAGAUCAAUUUUCCGAUCCGGAAAUGAAUUUCUCAUGUACAAAUAUUCAACUCUACCAAAGUGACAGUUCCUCAAAAGAUGAUUCUAGCUUACAAAAAAAAUCCUCAUUCGAAGGUGAAAAGUUAAUCAAGAAUGACUCAAUCUACUUAGAGUCAAGAACUGUUGAAGACAUUUUUUCAAGUACGAGUCAACUUUCUUUGCAAAGCAAUAGCGAUAUCAGUUUAUCUGGAACUGCAAGUACUGCAAGUAGCAAUGUAGAUAGAUGGUAUGUGGCAGAAACAAACCCCAUGUAUCAACGAGAUAUUGUUGUACUAAAAGGUGGAAACGAUACUGCAGACAAUCCUAAUGAAGAAGCAGCAUCUGACAGUGACGCAACUGUGUAUGGUGAAGGGAGAAGUGAUGAAAGAGAAAACGAUAAAGCAAUAAGUCACACAUCGAAAACAGCAGAUCACUAUUGUGAACAUACAACGAAUGUUCCAGUGCAACACACCUUCAACGAACAUAUCGAUGAAAAUUUAGACAAAACAGUAAGCACAUUUGGUACCGAAAGCGCUACAUUGUCUUCCAGUGACUGGGUGUAUAGUAAAACAAACGAUAAAUUUGUUUGUGAACUUUCGAAAAAAAGAAAUUAUACAGAAAAUGUUGCUGAUGAUUAUUCUGUAAAAAUUCCAGAAGAUGAAGAUCAUUUAAAAAUGGAAAAAAUCCGUUCGGAUCCUUUUACAGAAUGUAGUACGAGUAUACAAUAUCAGUUUGCGACGGUAAAUCAUCGUACAUCUACAAUAUUCAUACCAGAGUGUACAGAAAUCCAACCAGCCUGUAAUGCAGAUCAUGUUGCGUCAAUAGCAUUAUCACAUAGUAACUUGGCAAAGCAGACUGCAAAUUUAGAUGAAUCAUCUGUUGCUAAUGCAAAAAUGACUUCAGAAAAUUUCUUGGACAAUAUAUGUGAUGUAUCGAGUUCUAAAAUGGCAGCUGACAGUUCUGUUAGGCGAUCAGAUCAUAGGCUAGAUAUAUCUGAGGUAACAAAUACUUUGACUGAUUCCACAAAGAUCUUAUCUGAAAAAGUUGAAGCGACUAAAUGUAAAUUAGAAGCUACCUUAGAAUCACAAAGGAAACUGGCUACAAGUUCACCACUCAUGUCUGCUGAAACAAAAUUAGUUCACACAAUUAAAAAUGUGGAGUACGUUCAAGAUACUGGUAGAAAUUGUGACAUUGACCAAAAUACAACGCAAAUUCGCAAUCAACAAUCUCAGAACAGUGAUCAUGUGACAACAGUUCAGACUACAACAGAACGGCUCGAUUAUGAUAGAGGUCUAUCUUCACAUUCAUUUCAGGGCCACUCGAAUUAUUUGAAUUCAUUCGGGGUUUCAAGUGAGAUAAAAAAUAAAGAGCUACCACUUACUGAUAUUUUUAACACACAUGCAAGUCAAUCACAACCAGCGGUACUAUCGAACAUCAAAUCAAUUCCAAGUCACGAAACUGUAACUCUAUACAAUGUAGGAAAAGUUAAAAAAGAACAAAAUCAAUUACAAUACGAAUCGGAGCCCUCGAGAGCCGCAGAAUAUACAGAUACAAAACCAUUUUCACCAGAAUCGUUGGACACACCGCCUAACAGUUGGUCUCCAGAAAUAAUGGAUUCUGGUUACCCAAAUUCGGCUUCUGCACAUGACGUAACACCCGAGUGUGAGUUAUCAAGCAUUGCAAAUGACAGAAUAUCAGAUUCAGAUUCAGCCAGUGUCGGAGAAGUUCCUGUACCAGGAUUUUACGAGUUCGUCGAAGUUGAAAAUGGUGACUUGGCAAAUAACAACAGAGACGAUGAGGGAAAUAACGUAAUUGCAUUUGAGGCAAAUGAUAACCUAGAUGAUCUACAACCACUAAUUGAUGUACUUGAAAAUGACAUGGAGAAUGAAAACGAUAUUUAUGUACUCCAAAAUGGAUUUCCGAUGUGGCUGUUGAGGAUACUAGAGAUGGCUAAUCCAAUAGAUCUCGAAAAUAUUGGGGGUGCACAUGCACAACUGUAUCCAGCUCUUCAAGAACAAGCGGGCGGAGAUGCUGCAAAUGUAAAUGCAGAAAACGACGAGGGUUUUGAUAGCAGCUCGUUAGAAGAUGAUAGCGACAUUGAGGAUGACGACGCUGAUGAUGCCACUUCUGUUUCGAGCGACGAAACUGAGGAUCAUAGUGGUGUGAAUCCGAGAAGGGAUUGGAGAGCAGGUGGUGAUCCAUGAUUACUAAAAUGAAUGAAGAGUUGUGCUGGUAUGAAAAUUUGAAGAUGGGUGAGUAAUUGAUAUUUAAAUUAGCGAGUUUAAAGAUGUUGUUCUGCAAACUGAUUAUUGAAGAGUGAUUUUACGUUCCACGACUUUUUUCAAGUGCCAACUAAAAAACAUUUAAAAUUGCAAAACGUUUUGAGAUAUUUUGUGACGGUUUGUGCGUAUUGCCAGUUCAACAAAUUCUGUGCAAUCGAGACCUUAAUCUUGAUAUGUAGAAAUGAAGAAUAUGUAUGCAUAUUAUAAUAUUUUUACUACCUUGGUGAUACAUUGGAUUGAACUGAAGGAUGGCACAAAUAACUUUUGAACAAUACAAUCAAUCAUAUUCACAGUCAGGGGAAGUGCAAAAAAUAUUCCAAAGAAAUCUUUGUAUUCUUUUCGAAUAUUUAAGAUAGCAAUUUCUGGCACCGCAAGUCAGAAAUCUGAUCCACAUGACUUCGAGUUAUUUUGGAAAACUGCCGAAAAUCAUUAUCAUUGGUUAUAUCAUUCCCAACAUUUGUUGGAUAUUUGAAAUGCAAGAACUAGAUUCGACUUUGUUGAUGUUUUUGUUUUACGUCAUUAAGAUAUAUUAAAAUUAACAAAGGUAUUGUGCUCAGACAUGAUUAAGAUCGAAUAAAUGUCCAGAAUGGUGAAAAUAUCUAUAGAGCUUACAAUGUGCUUUAGCGUCGCCAUAUAAAAAGGAGACAGUACAAGAAUUUUAUGUACAAAACUAUAUAAUCAUCUACUGUGUAAUGUAAUUGUUUAGGGCCAGUAACUAAAUCAAAACUAAACCAACUAAAUUUAAAAUCUUUAAAAAUAUUAACGUCAUUUAUAAUUGGCUCCUUUUUACAUAGAAAGAUAAUUUUUACACGUAUUUACCAAUACCUUCUGACCUCUAACAAUUAAUAACACAUACAUGUUGCAUCUGCAUAUAAGUAUGUUAUUGAGCUUUGUAUUUCUAUACUUGUACAUAAAUAUCAAAGCUUGUAUUGUUUGAAAAAUAUACAGCUAUUUAGAACUAAUAUUUUUUUUCUAAAUCAAAUAAUCUGUGAUUCUUGAAUUUUUAUUGUGGUUUCCAACAAGUGCAGCUUUUUGGGAAUGUAAAUUAUCAAUAAUAGAAGUGAGAAAUUCCCUUGCUGUAUAUUAUACGGCAGCUUCCAAUAUUAUUAAAUUUAUUUGAAUGUAGAAAAAAUUCGUUUGUCAGUACUUCGAUAAUCUAUCUAAAGUAUAUUAUGUCUUUUCACAUAAAGGUACUAAAUGUUGAAGCUUUAAAUUCAUUGUUAUGUUUUCGAUGCAUUCAAUUUUUUUCUUAUGCAACAGGAAUAACAAUAUGUUAUAUUUUGUGCAAAGUUUAAAAUGAAUGAUAUCCAUCAAAUCAAUUUAUUGUUAGUUAAAACUGUUUGUAUUGAUUAAACUUUUAUAAUAAGUCUGUGUGGCUCUCGAUCAUCACUGUAUCGUUACGCUUUAUGAUAGUAUUAGAUAAAAGCGUAAUACAAAUUGGUAUAAUCUGUUAUCUAUUAGCUUUUCAUCAUAAUACUCUCAGAUUUGAAUGAUAGAGCUGAAUAGGGUAAAUCUUGUCAGAUGGUAAUUUUUAGAAGUUGUCAUGUAUAAAAUAUUCUAAGACUGAAUUCGCAUAUCAUGGUAUAUUUCUUGAAUGAUAUGAAGACUUUGGACAAAAAAUAAAAGAUUAAAAUGAAUCUUGUAAAUAUAUUCAUUUUUAAUUCCAACAAUAAAACUUAAAUACAUAUCAAGAGAUAUUAGGUUUAUAAUAUUAAAAUGUGCAAACAGGUGAUCUUUGAAAAAAAAAGAUCAAUAAUAGUAAAAUUACAGUAUCUGAUAAUUAAUAGAAAGUACAUUAAUUACUCAACUUUUUGUAGCAAAAAUCUCAAUAAUAUCAAAUAUUUCUAGCGGGUUAGUGAAUCAGCGCAGUAUGUUACGUAUUGUAUCACUCGAGCGAUGAAACUGGCUUGAAUCGAAAGUGUCAAAAUAUUUAUCCACAUAAAUUGACGACCAAGCAAAUAAUAAUUACCUAUACUUUUAUCUUCAUGAAAUUAAAAUAGGUCGAACUAAGGUAUGUAAAUAAUUGAGCUAUUUUAUUCAGUCGCAUUGUUUAUUUCAAUAGCGGUGGAAUAAAAUUACAAGGUGUACAAGGUAACAUGUAUCAAUAUAAUCACCGUAACUUUUAUAUGAUCAGUUGAUUGCUUAUUAUAUUAAUAUAUACAGUUAUUGUGUGAUCUAACUGGUUUUAGUAAAUCAUAACAUUAAUACUAUCAGUGUAACUCAGAGUCACUUGCAUAAUAAGCUUUCACAUAUCGUUCUCCUUUACUCAUCAUUGUUUUGUUUUCGUGUUACAAAUUUUUUGGAAUACUUUGAUGUUGUAGAUAUAAAAACGCUAGCGACAGAGAGCUAAUUCCAAAUGAAAUUUAUAAUCAUGUGUCUGCUUUUAUCUGCGGUACGUGGUUAUAUUCAAUGGAGUUCCUAUUUAUUGGGACUACUAGUGUUUUGUGAUCAUUACGAAAAGCUCUGAAAACAAUAAUUACAGUUUUCAACUUAGAUUCGACUGAUUUUCUAGCCUUCCAAUCAGGCAAUUUUACCUCUUAAACCUCAUCUUUAUUACUCCAAUGACAUGUAAGUACACAAAAGUCAUAGCCGGUUAAGAAUGGAGGAUGCAUCAGCCCCCGACCGGAAUUUCACUCAAAAUUGGUCUGAAGUUUUCUCAUACGGAAACACUAAUCUGUACCAAAUAUUAGAUCCAGUCUGAUAUUAUAACACCGAUAAUCAAGAAAAACGUGUUUUCUCAAUUUUUGUUCGUAUUCUUUUUUCCAAGCAACCGAACCUAAUGAAAAACCUGUAUCACAUUAGAACUCAAAGUUGAAAGAGCAGAAUACAAAUUCAAACACCACUUUUUUCUUGAUAACUUGUAUCAUAGAUGCGGGUGCAACCUCAUAUUUAGCAUGAAUUAGUGUUUCAUAAAAGAAUUGCAGACUAAUUUUGAGUGAAAUCCCCGGCGAGGGCCUAACGGGCAUUCUUGGCCGGCUAUGGCCGUUCAUAUCACUUUCAGUUGGAAUAAAGUCAAUUUUUUAUUGUUCAUAAUAACUUUAUAGAAUUGUCGUGUAUUUGUUUCAAUGUAUAAUCAUAUUUUUCUAGGAAAUGCAUCGGUCAUAACAAAAAUGAUCUUACUCGUGGAUAAACAAUGAUAAGGUAACUAACUCUACUCUAUUCAAAUACAC